CCGGAUCUGCGUCUCACCAGAAGAGGGCAUUCCGAUUCUGUCUGACAAAGUUGCUUUGACAUGCAGACGUGAUUAAACAACAGCGUCGCCUCUGUAUUUCAAACCGAGCAAACGGCUAGAAUGAAAGGAAUAUUAGGGGGAAAAGGUGGAUAUUUGGAUAUUUCACUAUCACUCGUUGACUGUUUCACACAUACUUAAAGGUAGGGAAAGCCUACUUUCCUCUGUGCGCCAUGCGCGGAUCGGACUGAGCAUCUUUUUAAAUAAAGACGCAGAGGUUCACCAGGAAUCCAAGGGGCUUCCUGACUUCCCUGGGAAAUUACCUCCUGAUUUUAUGCAUCAUACCACCCUAUUUGUGAAGUUUUCUUCUUUUUCCCUCUCCUCCACUGGAUUUUUUCGCAGGAGUCUCUUUGCGCAUGUGAGACAGACAUGACUUACUUGGAUGCGGCUUCGAUACUGUCUGCGCCAACUGCAGUACUCUUUUUGGCUGUUACUUGAAAAAAAAAAGAGAGAGAAAACGAUCCUAUUUUUUUUAUUUUUAUUUUUUGCUGCGAAGACAUGGACACGGAGUUCUGAGCCGGGAUUUCUACCGUUUUAAUCUGGAGUUUGGGAGGUAAAUGACAUUCGCCCCGGUUCUGUUGUACGGUUAUACAUGCAGAACUGAACCGGAUAGAACAUCCAGGUCCGGGAGAGUAAAAGGCAGGUGCGCUUUGGAGUCGGCGGCUGCGCGGAGAGACCGGGCUAGUGGAUUAGGACGAUACCUGUCUGUGGAGAGCGCGUCAUGCGGACUCGGAUGUCGAGCACCAGAAGCCAUUAAAACCUGUAGGCUGGAGCUAAGAGAUACGCGGAUAUGGGCUCUGCUCUGCAGCGUCGCUGGCUAGUGGUCCAACUCCUGAUGCAGGUGUGGCUGGCGGCGAAUCCAUCUCUCAGUGAGCGCCCAUGCCCCAAGAGUUGUCGCUGUGAUGGAAAAAUUGUCUACUGUGAGUCAAGCGCCUUUCGUGAUGUCCCCAAGAACCUCUCAGGAGGCUGUGAGGGUCUGUCUUUACGGUACAACAGCCUCGCCAGUCUCCGCGGAGGCCAGUUUGUAGGCCUCAACCACCUCAUCUGGCUCUACUUGGACCAUAAUUACAUUGCCUCUGUGGAUGCAAUGGCCUUCCAGGGAGUUCGCAGACUUAAAGAGCUGAUUUUGAGUUCCAAUAAGAUCACAUCGCUCCACAACACCACAUUCCACCCUGUUCCCAAUUUGCGUAACCUGGACCUGUCGUACAAUAAAUUACAAGCCUUGCAGCCUGGCCAGUUCCAGGGUCUGCGUAAGCUUCUCAGCCUUCACAUACGCUCAAACUCUCUAAAAAUUAUUCCAGUGCGUCUCUUCCAAGAUUGCAGAAAUCUUGAGUUCCUUGAUCUUGGUUACAACCGUUUGCGCAGCAUCACUCGGAAUGCUUUUUCAGGCCUUGUCAAGCUCACUGAGCUGCAUCUAGAGCAUAACCAAUUCUCGAAGAUCAAUUUCUCCCAUUUUCCUCGCCUGUACAAUCUUCGGGCUCUUUACCUGCAGUGGAAUCGCAUUCGCUCGAUGAGCCAGGGCCUGACCUGGACCUGGGCCUCCAUCCAGAAACUAGACCUAUCCGGAAAUGAUUUGACGGAAGUAGAUGCCGUAGUUUACCAAUGCUUACCCAACCUGCAGACCCUCAACCUGGACUCCAACAAGCUGACCAAUGUUUCUCAGGAGGUGGUUGAUGCCUGGAUCUCUUUGACUAUGAUUAGCUUAGCUGGGAAUGUAUGGGACUGUGGCCCUGCCAUUUGUCCUCUGGUGGCCUGGCUGAGAAACUUUAGAGGGGCAAAGGAGACAACCAUGAUUUGUGCCUCCCCCAAGAAAGCCCAGGGUGAGAAAGUAAUGGAUGCUGUCGAAGCUUUCGGUGUUUGUCAAUUGAACCCUGCAACGAUGCCCACAGUGAGUAUUCCUCCAAACCCUUCCAGUGUCCCAGUGCAGACCGACCGUCGCCCGGCCAUUCUGGCUUCACCCACCGGUUCUGGAAAGAGAGGUGAGGGAUCCCGUAGGGGUCCCACAUCAUCAGCGGUUACCCCACCUGUGGCACUACCCCCUGACCAAGACUUGGAGCCUGUGUCCUUCCAUAAGAUUGUGGCUGGAAGCGUUGCCCUUUUUCUAUCUGUUGCGAUGAUCCUGUUGGUGAUCUACGUGUCUUGGAAGCGCUAUCCCAGCAGUGUGAAACAGCUGCAGGAGCAUUCGGCAGCAGCUCGCAAACGUCGCAAGAAAGCUAGAGAGACAGAGCGCACCCUGAGCUCUCCCCUGCAGGAGUACUAUGUGGACUACAAGCCCACCAAUUCUGAGGCCAUGGAUGUGCUUGUCAAUGGGACCGGACCAUGCACCUAUACCAUCUCAGGCUCCCGAGAAUGCGAGGUCCCUCACCAGAUGGGUGCCCUGACCUUCUACCGCUACGAACAGCCUAUUGUAGACUACUGCCAGGCCCAUCAACCCCUGCGGCUCAACAUGGGCUACGAGGGACCUCCCCAGGGCCUGGAGGGCCUGGAGGACCUUGGGCCAUGUGAUAGGGGAACUAUACAGACAGUGGCUCUGCCAGCUGUGCCCUCUGCUGCCAGCAUAGGUGCCCCUGUACCAGGGCCUCACUCUCCUCCAGCAACCCUCAGACCACCGACCGAAGGUCCCAGUGGUGGGCCUUUUCCUCCCGUCGAGCGCACUGGCACGCUCAAAUUUGGACGCUAGCAAGCUUGGGUUUUACAGAAGUGGGGCAAGUUGCCUCCGACUGACUGAAACGAAGGGGCAGGUGAGCUGGUUGUUCAGUGGGGCCUUGUUUUUAUUACAGGAGUAAAUGAAAAUGAAGAGGACAGAACUUUCAAAUUAUGCCUGGAGGGAUUCGGAAACACUCCCAGUAUACAGUGGGGUGGGACAACCCUCGCUGAUCAUUUUGAUUUUCUUUUUUUCCAAAGCAUCUCAUAGAAAAGCCCCUUACUACUGACUCAUGAGAGGUAAUUCAACAUAUGAGAGAGAAAAAAAAGUUAUUACCUUGUUCCAGCUCUGGUCUUUUGCCACAUCCCGUGUCAGCAUCAUGGGCGAACCUGUUCACAGCAACUGCAGUCGACUUGCACUGGGUCAGGAGCGAAAGGGAAAGUGCAAUCAACAAGUUCUCGUCACAAAACAAGUCGGAGCGGUAAAAGAUCUAAGAGACGGAGCUAGACACCAUGUGAAGAGCAGGAGGCUUUGUACUGUGAUUAUUAUUGUUAUUAUUAUACAUUUCUACACACUAGCUGUUAAAAAAGGCAAACCUGCACCAUUAUUUCAUACAGACAAAUACUUACAUGGUGAUUCUGUUUCUUUCGUUUCUUUGGAUGUUGUAUCUGAAUUCCAUUUAUGUGCAUGUUAAACCAAAGAGUUUACUAAUAUAUUUUUCUUUAAUGCACAUAAGCUACUUUAGCUAAGGGAAUUUUUCACGUCAGUUGUUCUACUGCUGAACUAGCCAUUGCCAGCUCACUUUUACAAUUAACCCCCUGCUAGUUUCAGAAGAACUGAGAUCGUCUUUGCAAAUUAGCAAAGUAAUUACACAUAAACAGAGUAGUGUAACUGAAAAUUCAAGAAGAUAUUUAUCAUAGUGUUGUAUCUUACCUCCAAAACACCGAGUCACUUGCGAUCUAUGACCUCAGCUAUGAACGACAUCAGCCAGAGCAGCAUAAAUUGUAUAUUCCAUCCGUUUUUUUUAAACAAACAGGGACCCUUUACACAGGUGAAUAGCAAGUCACUGUAUAUGAGUAUAUCCCAGCUGAAUGAAUCACUGCGCUUUAAAAAGGCAAUCAUGGGCAAUUUAUGUGAAAAUAAGUACAUUUGAAUGAAAAGUAUUGUACAUAUUAUUGACAAAAGGUCCACUUUUAUUGAAGGUCAAACCACUCUCACUGCCCCAAACAGUCAUUUGAAACAGUCAGUGUUUGACUUUCAUCACACUGGAGCAUUUGAAGAGCACCAUCUUUGCUGGUUUGGCAAAAUAAAGCUCAGGCCAUGUGCUCCUGCCUCCCCCAACUCUCCAACCAACAGAGUGAUGGUGCCCACUGGGGGCAAUGAUGAACCAGAACAUUGACUUCUCUUUGACCUCCAUAUGAACCCACAAACUGUGCUGGGAAUAUCGCCUGACAUCUCGUUCUUUUGGGGGGGAGGGGGUUUCCGGAAAGUGUGCCUGCAGUAUUGGUCCUUUUUGCACUCAGUAACCCGUUGGCCACUAUGUCAAGCAAACCGCUAUUCACUGACUCACGGAGCCAUCGAGGACUUCAGAUAUGUCGAAUUUCAUCUCCGGCUUCAUCCGAGCAGUGCACCCAGGGGUCGUUUUCGUGGAGUUUCGUGGAAGCCGUGCUUGGUCCUCCCGCAGAGCGACUGAUUGAUCCACUAAUGAAACUGAGAGGGGCCAAAACUCCCCCCUCCCCAAUGAAAGUGGGUGCAUCCUCAAUAUAAGAGAGUAAAUAAGGGAUUUUAUUUUGUUUCAUAAUUUUGUCAUGGAACAAAAAGGACAGUUUUUGAGGUGUUCAAAGAUGAUGUCAAGAAAUUCUAUAAGACUUAUCAAAAAGGACAAAAAUCAAAUAGAACUUAUUUAUCGUGUAAAUAAUGAGUCUUUAAAGAGAAAAUGAAAAAAAAAACACGUAUGAACUUCACUUCUUCUGAAACACAAACUGCUUGUGAACAGAAGAGGAGCCUUAUUCACUUUCCAGUGGGAAUAUAUUACCAAGAUGACUCGGUGAGGAGGUUCCUACUGUAAUACUCUUGUUGUUUCAAUGAUAAAUAUUUUUCUAUCUGCUCCCUUCACUAUUCUACCAUUGUACCAUUAAACACAAGCUAUGUUAACUGAGGUUAUUUCUCAAAUCCAAUCAUUUUACUUAAUAAUGUGAAGAAGGGAAGAUUGGGAGCCAUGUCCUCGUAGAUGUACUUCAAGCGCCAAAAUUUCAUAGAUUUUCUGUUUGAGAGCUCACCUUGCAGGUGGCGGUUGCAUGAUGUGUUACAUCCCAAUCCUCUUGUUUAAGAAUCUCAACACUAUCUGCCAUUUCAAGGUCUACUCGGGGAGAAGAAGUGUGCUGUUCUUUAUACCAAGAGUUUAACUGGUGACGGAUGUUUCUGUUUGUGCCAUUAUUUCGUUAAAUGUUUUUUUUGUGUGCGUGUAUGUGUGUAUUUGUUUCUUUUCUUUUUUCUUUUUUUUUUUUUUACCAAAAACCAGAUCCAAAACAUAAAAAGUGACCCAAAACUCUUCAUGGUAUCACUACUAAGAAGGGGGUCACCUUCGUGUACAGGACAUUGCAUAAAAAAGCAGUUGAUUCGCUCAGUACAGUUGCUUAAUAGUGCUGGUGGAGUUUACUUUGUAAUAGCAGCUGUGCCAAUGUCUUGAUAAUGGGAGCUCUCUCGAUUCUAUCCAUGUAUUGUCUUGCCUUGCUCUAUAUCACCCCUGAUAACUCCUUGGCCUGAAUUUCAUGUCUGCCGCUUGGUGACACAGGUGAACCUGUGUAAUGAUGUUCUAUUUCUGUCCGCAUGCUGAUAUUUUGGGAAACUAUGCCCAGUUAGGGAAGAGCGCUGAACCAGAGAUAAACACUACGGGGAGAUAUUUCCUGUCUGGAGUGCCCUAGAACCAGCAGCACGUGUCAUGGGCAACUUCACCAUUUUUAAAGUAAAUUGUCUGCUGACCAAUUCAUGCCCUUAAAUCCCUUAAAUUCCCGGCACUAUAGGCUUGCUACACAGAGAAAGAGGCUUGUGUUGGGCACAUACUUUCCCUUUAAUAGUCCAAUGCUAUAUAUCCCUGCCCACGUGCAGUAAUUGCUUCAGCUUUUUCCGAAAAUGGUUCAAUUCAGUCUAAACACGAGAUCAAAGCUGGUCUGCCCUUCAUGUGUAAUUAUGAAAUGCUAAUAUAAUCUUCCUAUGUUCACAAUUAAAUCAGCGACUAAUAAACGAUCAGUUAAUCAUGAAUACCUCCCUGAUAAAAUCUGAUACAUUCAGCAGGAUGUUUCGAAUCCUGUUGCCAGUAAUUAUCUCAUUUUUUUGUCCAUUUUUACGUCUUUUUUUUCCUUUUUUUGCCAUCAGAGAGCUGGAAGCACAAGCGCUGCAUGCUAAUGAUGCAUGUUUGAGCUGAACUCCAGGACUGUCUGCGCUUGCCCCACAAUGCCAACAGGCUUUAUUUUCUCUUCUGCUUUGUUUGUUUAUGAUUUGAUUUUUGUACACCCCAAACUCCCCAACCCCCUUCACUCUUUGAGUUUGGGCUGAAGUCCCCACUGGGAACCUUUUUUUUCAUUCUUUAAAUUUUUUUUCCGCCUCUUUUUUCUUUUUGUUGCUUGGGGUGGGGUGAAAAAAGGUCUGAGGAACUGCAGUAAAAACUUUCAUAUUUCAGUGUUUAUGCUCAGAGGAAAAGCUAAAUGCACAUCUCUGAGGGGAAAGGGAAAGCAGAGGAGAUGAGAAGUGGGGGUGCACAGAGAUGUUUUCUAAUAGGGCAGACAUAGCGGGACAAAUGGGUGAGUGCAAGGACACUUUUCUGUUACAAUGAAAGCUUUGUGAUACUUCUUCUGUCCCAGGCAGCUUUAUUUCCACUGUAACAGAAACAGCUUCAACCGAGCUCUGACCAUAGACUGUAUAUAAAGAUGGACGUAGCAUCUGGCUCCAAAAUUGAAGCCCACCCGGAAGUGUCAAAAACUUGCAAUAUCACACCGUCCGCUAGGGUUGGCUCCAAAAAGCUUUUGCUCCAUAGACCCCAAUUCAUUUUUGGAAAAAAUAAAAUUUGAUAGACUGAUUUUCUACAGCUCAGGAUUUUUUCCCCGUUAGUUUUCAUGGUCAAAAUGAGAGAUCAGGUGGCCGAUCUUAAAAUAAAUAAAUACUAAAUUUUAAAUAAAUCGUUAAAGUUGGCAGAGCCAGGGGGCGUGGCUAUACUUGAUUGACAGUCCCAUUGACUGGUCCUGCCCCUAGUUGCUCUCCGGUCCAGCCUGUUUGAUGACGCUUUUUACGUCACUGGCUCCAAAAAAUCCAAAAUGGCGACCAGGAAGUAGCAAAGUCCAGGCUUCAUUUUCUCAGCGUUGAAACCAACGGGUGACGUCACGGUUAGUUCACGCCUGGCUCUGACACAUAAGCAUUCAGUAGUCACGCACUUGUAUCUUCAGAAACUGUGCAUAUUAUGCAUGCUCACACAAAAGAUACACCUUGUUUCGAAACGUGUUAUAAAUUACACUAUCGGCAAGAAUCCACUGUGACUUGUCGGUCUUUAACCGCAGAAACAAUCACGUGUAAAUGCAUACACACAGAAAGAAAAAGACAUGGGCGAUGCUGCACAAGAUUUGAUGAACGGUGAUAAAGUGCUACAGGUUUUGACGCUCACAUCCAUUCCAGUUCACCCAAGGCCAUCUGUGAUGGUUCAGUAGGUUCUAAUCCAUUCCCUGAUAAAUAGGUUUUGAAAAAUUUAUUCCAAGCCAGACAUUUAUUUGCUGCUUUUCUUCUUCUUCUGCCAUACAUCUGCAUCUUACCAGCAGGCAGUGUGGGGGCACACAGUCAUGACUCGUAGGAGCGGACACAUGAGUAAGGGAGCUAAAAAAAGAAAAAGAAAAGAUGUUAAAGGGAAUAGAAAGAUUGCCCCUUAUCUUACCAAUUUGAGUUUCUAUUACUGUUCGCGUGCCAUUAAUGUGUGUACAGACUCAAAAAAAAUGGUAAGAAUUAAUAACCCUGUCACACUCAAGAGACACUGGAAGCUCUGCUGGUGAGUUAGCCGCCCUGCAUGUACCCAGAUGGCCUAUAUGUGUGUAUCUAUAGCAGCACCUACACCUCUACCUCCUCUGAACCAACGUCACCAUUACUGAUGUUCAGGCCAGCUCAGUCCCCAUUGAUUGUUAUUGUUCCAUGCUGUUUCACAUUAGCAUGAAGUCUUUAACCUCUGACCCGUAUUGUUCUGACUUUGUUUUUUGGCCAUUGCUCUUGUCAGAGGGUACACAGAAAGCCAAGGCAUGAUCAUUAACCUCUGUCGGGGGAAACACACUUUUUCGUUUGUCGUACAAAGCCCCAUUUAUAGCCCUAAUUGGAUUUAAUGUGAGCACUGAAGAAAGGACGGUUUUUAUUCAAAUGGGCUGCAUUCUUCUCUUGCAGUUGGCUUGAGAGUGCAGCGAGAGCAAAAGGAGGGAACCUGACAGAAAGCAAUAUCAGAAUUAGUCUUUUUUUUCUUUUCCUUGCAGGCUCAAGCACUUUCCCUUUUUUAUUUUUUCCCCUCUUUUUUGCUGCCUCUUAAAUGCUUUCCAUAUAAACCAUGGGAACCCUGCUGUCUCCUUCUCAUCCAUUUCCUGCAGAGAGAAUCAAUUUCUGUAGGGUGUAAAUAUGCGCUGCAUUGUUUGGUAGUUGGUUUGUCGUUGAUUUUUAUUUAGUUUUUUUAAUUUGGAUUUUUAUUUUUUAUUUUUUGUUAUUUUUACUGUAUUCAGACCUAAAGCAUUUUUGUGGAGACCUGGUCCAAGCGCAAAAACAUGGCUCUUCUUUGAGUAUAUUAUUGUCAGAAAAUGUUUUGUAAAAAUUUUGAUGAUGAUAUCAGAAAUAAACAUCUAAAGAUGGGA